AAAACAAAGGAAAUCAUUCACAGGAUUUUAACAUGGAAAAAUCUACAGCCGUCGUGAGUUUUUCAAAAGCCAAUGCACAACUUCAUAAAACCAUUGCUGAAACAGUGAUAGGAGAAAUAACACAUCAUUAUAUAUCCCUUAGUGGGGUCCGCAAUGUCUCUUCAGUUGAACUAGCUUCAAAGGUCUGCUUUGUUUUCGUGGACCAGAAUGAGAGAAACAUAAUAUUAGAAACAAAGGUGGAUAUUUCUAAAACUAGGUCCGACUUUGUUGAGAAUCUUGUAAGACAAGGUAGAACGCACGUGAUUGUCAUUUAUUGUCAGCAUGAGGAAUCUCGUGACUUGGACACGUUGUUUCACAGAGGUCUUGGAAACAUCAACGAGCAUGAAACACUGAGACAAUUACAGAGACAGAAUUUUAAAAUAUCUUAG